AUGUCCCAGUGUUCAGGGAGUGAUGCACCCAUUAGUAAAGGGGAAAAGUUGAAUAAGGGACAGUGUCCGAGGAAUGAUGUUGAGAGGAACUCCAUGAAGGAUAAGCCUUAUGCUUCUGCUGUUGGGAGUUUGAUGUAUGCACAGGUCUGCACCCGUCCAGAUAUUGCUUUUGCAGUUGGUGUUCUUGGGAGGUUCCAGUCAAAUGUAGGAUUGGCACAUUGGACUGCUGCCAAGAAAGUAAUGCAUUGCUUGCAGAGGACAAAGGACUUCAAGCUGGUUUUUAACAGGAGCGAGAAUCUCGAGGUAGUUGGCUAUUCUGAUUCAGAUUACAGUGGAUGCACUGAUGACAUGAAGUUCACUUCUGGCUACAUCUUUUUAAUGGGAGGUGGACCUAUUUCUUGGAAGAGUGUCAAGCAGACCAUCAUUGCUUCAUCCACCAUGCAAGCUGAGUUUGUGGCACUUUUUGAAGCAACAAAGCAAGUUGUGUGGUUGAGGAAUUUCAUUUCUGAGCUGAAGGUUGUUGAUUCGAUCUCCAGGCCUUUGAGAGUGUGGUGUGAUAAUACCUCGGCGGUUUGCUUCUCCAAGAACAACAAGAAGACAAGUAGCUCAAAGCAUAUUGAGAUCAAGUAUCUUCUGGUUAAGGAGAAAGUCUGCAGUAAAGAGGUUGAGGUUGAGCAUAUCUCAAUGGAAAAGAUGGUGGUUGAUCCACUCACCAAGGAUCUUGCUGUGGGAGUCUUCAAGCGACAUGUGUCUAGCAUGGGUAUUGUAGAUUCUUUUGAUGUAUUUGGUUAG